GGGAGGAGAGCCUCUAUGGAUCGGGUCCCAUGAUGAUCGAAGGCAAGUUUCACUACGUCUAUGAUCCCCAGCAGUACGUGGGCAAGUCGCAGGACGAGAUGUUGCGUGCCCAGGAGGCCAUCGCGGAGGCCCUGGCUGAAUCGGUGGGCUUCGGCCUCGUUGCCGCGGAGAUCCAGCUCCGCUGGGAGUCCACGGCCGUGCUGGCCCAGGUGAGCAACGCGACGCCGACGACAUUGGACAUGCUCUGCACCUUCACCUUCCCGUGCCCCAGCGGGGCUACGCCAGAAGAGGUGACGGCGUCCAUGAGAACGAUUACCACCCGAAGCUUCCUGUCCAUCCUUGCGCCCAAACUCGCGGGCUUGGGGCAUGAGCCCUUUGCGUUUACCGCCACCUCCUUCAUCGGAGCUGCCGUUACCACGGCCACCCCGAGCCCCAAGAGCUCCACCAGCUUCAUCCCCAUCCAAAGCACUCUGCCAGCAACCACAGAGGCACCCAAAAUGGCUUUCCAUCCCUGCAAGUCUCUCGAGGACUACAUGCCGGAGGCAAAGAUGAGCGAAUACGGCUGGUGCAACGUGGAGGGGAACACGACCCCCUCGGAAUCCGAAUGCCUUGCCGCAAAUUGCAGUGCCCAUGGCUAUCCCGAUCAUGCUCAUUGCUACUGUGCGACGGAAGAAGGGUGUGCAUUGACUGGCGGCACCUGGAAGUAUCACCUCUGCAAGGAAGAGAUGCAAAUGUACCAGCAUGGCGAGCUUUACACCCUCUGGGAGGAGGCCACAGCACUGGGUACCUGCAACGGCGUCGUCACCAGCUGGCACUCGACGCUCCCAGAGUCCAUGGACUGGCCUGCCCGGAAGUGCUGCGCUUCCUGGCCUCAGACGUUUUGUGAGCCCGCAGCCACACUCGCGACCCCUUGCAAGGACGCGGGUGACUUUCUCGCCGACCACGUGACAGACCAGGGUGUAACUUGCAUGGACUGGCUGCAACAGUGGUGGUCCGAGUACUGGGCGCUGAAGAAUGCAUCGGCCGCAGGAAGCUGCAGCGGCAUGGACUUGCCGUGGGGCGAGUCGCUGCAGGACUGGGUGACGCACCCUGCAAAGCAAUGCUGUGCCUCCUUCCCUGCGACAAUCUGCGACAAGGAUGCCAAAUUCAUGACACCGUGCAAAGUCGCCGCUGACUUCAUGCCAGAGCAGGAGUUGUACAGCCACUGCGAAUUGAAGACGAUGCCGGACAACGUGACCUGCGAAGCCGCCGGCUGCACCUACUAUCAGGAGCACAACUACUGCAGUUGCUCCGAGGAGGUCUGCCCUGCAGCCGGAGGGGUUUGGAUGAUCCACACGUGCGGGAAGGAAUCGUCACACUGGCCCCUCAAGAUGCAUCGAGCCAUGCAGGAGGCCGCUGAGGAGGGUAGCUGCGCGGAUCUCGAGUAUGAGGGAGACCUCCAAGGGGAGACGCAGUGGAUUUCCCAGAAAUGCUGUGCCUCCUACCCAGCCUCAGUCUGCAACCCCACGGCCAAGAGGAUGACGCCUUGCGAGAGCGAGGCCGACUUCAUCCCGACGAACGUUUUGCACGAGUGGUGUGAAGUCACUCCGGUUCCCGAUGCCAGCACCUGUGCGAGCCACGGGUGUCACGGGGACGGCAGCUACUGCCAUUGUACCAGCCAUAGCAGCUGCGCGUCCCUUGGUGGGUCAUGGAAGACCAGCACCUGCGGCGAGGACCUUGGCCAUAAGGAUGUUGCAUGGCACCAGGCUGUGGCGCAGGCCUCCGGCGAGGGCACCUGUACGGAGUCCAGAGUGCACGACAGCACCGUGGAGGACGCGAUCUCCUGGAGCAGUCGGAAGUGCUGCGCUUCCUACCCCGCCAACGUUUGCUACAAGGGUUUGAAAAAGAUGACGCCAUGCAAGGACGAGGCGGACUUCUUGCCGGGCCACUUCCUCCAUGAGUGGUGCGAGUUUCACGGGGCGGUCCCGGAAACAUGCGGCACGACCCCUGGCUGCCACGGCGGGGAGGGCUGGUGCCACUGCGACAACUACGAAGCCUGCACUGCGGCUGGGGGAGCCUGGAAGCAGCGGACCUGUGAUUCGGGAGUUCAAGAAUGGGACUCCAAGAAACACCUAGCGGUGCAGAGUGCUGCCACGGGCAGCUGCGAGGAUGUUGAUUGGCACGGACAGCCGAUGUCGGUUGCGUUGCAGCACGAGUCCUCGAAGUGCUGUGCCUCCUACCCGGCCUCUGUUUGCGACCCUACCGCCAAGAAGAUGACGCCUUGCAAGGACGAAGCCGACUUCAUGCCGUCGAACCCUCUGCACCAGUGGUGUGAGUUGCACGGUGCGUCGGUCGACUCGGACACCUGCGCGGCCCACGGCUGCAAUAGCCACAAUGGCCAUUGUCAUUGCGACUCGCAAAUGAAGUGCGAUGGGGUGGGUGGCACGUGGAAGGUGACCACCUGCGACAUGGAGAUCGGCCACUGGGAACCCGCGAAGCACAAGGCUUUGCAAGAGGCUUACGAGAACGGCACCUGUGGUGUCGACAACACGUACGGCGAUCUGGUCAGCAUGAUUGACUAUCCAGCCCGGCAGUGCUGCGCCUCCUUCCCAGCCACGCUCUGCGACCCUACCGCCAAGAAGAUGACGCCUUGCAAGGACGAGGCCGACUUCAUGCCGUCGAACGUCGUGCACGAGUAUUGUGACCUGCAUGGAUCCUCGGUGGACUCGGACACCUGCACGGCCCACGGCUGCCGCAGCAACAAUGGGCAUUGUCAUUGCGACUCGCAGCCAAGCUGCGAGGGGGUGGGUGGCACGUGGCAGGUGACCAGCUGUGAGAUGGAGAUCGGCCACUGGGAACCCGCGAAGCACAAGGCCUUGCAAGAGGCUGACGAGAGCGGCACCUGUGGUGUCGACAACACGUACGGAGAUCUGGCUAUCAUGAUCCAGCAUUCCGCGACGAAGUGCUGCGCCUCCUUCCCCGCCACGAUCUGCGACAAGACCGCCCGCCACAUGACUCCAUGCAAGGAUGAGGCCGACUACACCCCGGACAAGGAGAUGUACGCCUGGUGCGACUUCUACAGCGAUGGGGCGGUUCUGCCCGAGGAGACGGUCUGCAACGCUCAAGAAGGCUGUUAUGGAGGACAGGGCUGGUGCCACUGCGAGGACCGCGCCAGCUGUGAGGCCGUAGGUGCCUUCUGGAACGCGCACACCUGCGCGAAGGAGGUGUCUCAAUGGAGUCCGGAGCAGCACAAGAUGUUGCAGAAUGCGGACGAGCACGGCACAUGCCUCGACCUUGAGGUCCAUGGUAUGCGUGCUCAGGACUUUGUGAACUGGCCGGCCCAACAGUGCUGCAAGUCCUUCCCGGCGAGCGUCUGUGACAAGGAUGUCCAGGCCAUGACGCCUUGCCUGCGCAGCCAGGACUUCGACCACAACAAGACGAUGUGGGCUUGGUGUGAGGGGCUCUACCCGGCACCUGCCGAGGCAGACUGCCAUGCACAGGGCUGCACUGGCAACGAGCACCACUGCCACUGUGAAACCGCUGCUGCCUGCACUGCCCUAGGCGGCAAGUACGUCGAGUACCAGUGCUGGCAGGACCUGCAGUGGAUGGCAGCCGAGGUUCACAAGGGCAUCGCUACAGCCAUCGCCCAGGGCACUUGUGAGGAUGUUGAGGCACACCAUGGCAAGCUCGAGUUUGCCGUCGACUGGCUAG